AUGCUUGGGGCAGAAGGGUUUAGGCUGCAACUGGCCCAGGUGCUGUCUGCUCUAUCUAAGGCCCCUAUAUCUCUAAGCCCUCAGCUGCUGCAAGCUGCACCAUCUGCUGCUGGAUAUGCGGCUGCAUUUGCAGCUGCUACUGGAUCUGCUGCUGCAUAUGCUGCUGCGUAUGCUACUGCGUAUGCUGCUGCUUCUGAAUCUGCUGCUGCUGCACUAUCUGUGGGGGGGCUGAGUCAUGGGGGAGAGGCUAUGAAGGGCCUUGGGGAGGCGACUCUGUUGGAUGUCGCGCGUUUGCUGCAGGCGUUUGCUGCUGCUGCUGCGCAGCGGCUCCCAGGCUCUUCAGGGGCAGCUGGGAGAACACCCCCCUACCCCUAUGAAGCAGCAUAUGCAACAGAUGCAGCAGAUGCUGCUGCUGCUGCUGCAGCUACUGCAGCAGCAGAAGGCUCCGCAUCUGCAGCCGUGGCAACGACGCACAGCAGCAGCAGCAGCAACAACAACAGCAGCAGCAGCAGCAGUAGCAGCAGCAGUAGCGAGGAGGGCUUGUGUGCUGCUCCUCACCGACGUUUGUUUAUUGCAUGCGUGGAGACAGCUUGCGACCGCAUUCAGUUUGCUGCCCCUGCGGAGUUAGCGGUGGCAGCGCAAGCCUUUGGUUUAGCGCUGCUGCAGUCUCAAGGCGAUGAUGCAGCAGCACUUCUAUCUGUCUUGCAGCAUAUAAGGCGAGCGAGUGUCUCCUCAUUGGCGUUGUUUAUGCCGCAGCAGUUGGGGGCUCUGCUGCAUACUUUCGCUCGAUGGAGACUCUUCUUACCUUCUCAAGAUUUGCUGCUGGCUAUAGAGAGGCUGCAGCAGCUAUCAGGUGCAGCAGCAGCAAGUGCAGCACCGAAGCACUGCAGCGGCGCUGCAGCGGGAACGGGAGGCAGCCAUGCUCCUGCAGCAGCAGCAGGAGCUGCUGCUCCUGCUGCUGCUGCUGCUGCCGCAAUGGAAGGCCUGCCCUGGCACCCCGUCUUCUCCCCAGCUGCUGCUGCUGCACCGCUCGACAGCAGCACUCGCCUUAGCUGUCUGCAUUCGUUGGGGGUGCUGCUGCAGCCAUUUGCUGCUGCAGGAUCUCCAGGAGAAAAGAAUUCUUCUCUUAGCAGCUGCCCCUCCGUUCAUCAGCAGCAGCAAGAGCAGCAAGGGCCUUGGGGUGUACAGACACCUCUCCACAGGUCCCCAUGCAUGCAGCACUCAGCAGCAGCAGCUCAUACCCAAGACAAACCUUCUACAAACUCUAGGGGGCCCCCAUCUCUAUGGGGGGGCCCCGGGGCUGCUGAGGUCCUAGCAGCAGGAGAGCAUUUGUUUAAGGAGUGGUUCUGUGCUGUGUUUCGAGAGUUAGCGUGGGAGCAGCAGCAGCAGCAGCAGCAGCAGCAGCAGCAAACAAAUAUAAAAGGAGACAGCAAAGCAGCAGGAGCUGCUGUCUCCUUGCAACCUGUAUUGAGGAUUGCGGAGGCGCUCGCCAACUGCAUGCUGUUUCCCAGCAUGCGGCAGUUCUUAGGCCCGCUGCAGCAGCUGCUGCUGCAGCGGCGUGCUGCACUAGACGCAUGCAGUGCUGCAAAGCUGCAGCACCUCUUCAGGGCGCUGGGCUUUGAAGAAGAUGAUGAUGUUCUCCUGCUGCUGCACGAAGUGGCGUUUUCUCCGCCUGCUGCUGCAGCAGCAGGUUCUGCUGCAGCAGCAGGUUCUGCUGCAUCAGCAAGUUCUGCUGAAGCAGCAGAUUCUGCUCUAGCAGCAGAUUCUGCUCUAGCAGCAGGUUUUGCUGCAGCAGAAAGUUGUGCUGAAGCAGCAGAUUCUGCUCCAGCAGAAGAUUCUGCUGCAGCAGCAAGUUGUGUUGUUGCAGCAGAUUCUGCUGCAGCAGCAGAUUCUGCUGCAACAGCAAACUGUGUUGCAGCAGCAAGGUCUGCUGCAGCAGACACUGCAGCCUCAGCUAGCGUAGCAGACACCGGGCUUGCAGAUUUGAGUGCUUGA